UACAUAGAUUACACUAUAGUAAGCAAAACAAAAAAUGAUCGAGACAAAGAUGAAUUGAUAUGUGAGGCUGAAUAGGAAAUGGCGAAAAUGCCAUGAUAUAAGUGGAAUAAAUUUGUUAUGAAGCCUUAAACCAAAAGGUUAUUGAUAGAGCAUUAGAAGUGCACGAUCGCGUAAAUAAUUCCAUAUUUUCUGAUUACGACGCUGCUUUUGCUAGCUGCUUCGUACUGGAUUUACAGGUAACUUAUUACUCUUGAUUUGUCUUUGGAAAGAAAAUGAAUAUUGAAACUUUAAUAUAAGAGAAAACACCAUUAUGUUGGUGAUAGUGGCAGUGAUACUCCUCUUGUGGAUAAUGGUUGGAUGGCUGGUUCUUUCGCAGUUCCACCAAAUACCUACAGUGGCUACAGGCCCCAAAAGUGCUCAUAGUAGCGCCGCAUUCCACAAUCCCGCAGCUGAAGUAGCCGUCCAUACAGGCGUGCUAAAGAAAGAUGUUGAAGAUAAAGGACAGUUUCUUCGGCAGAGACUUUUAAAUAAACGGAAGAGCCAUCCAAACUCCUGUGUUAGCGACUCCAACAGUGAAAUCGAGCAUUUGGUAACUGCAAGAGAAGCCUCCAUCAUCACUAAAUCACGAGAACGCUCACGAACGGAAAAUUCUUUGUGCAGGCAGCUCAGGCCAAGGCCAAUUACAGUCAUAUCUUCCGGUGCUAGCAUAUCUAGUGACGUCGAACGGAAAGGAUCUAGUGAGAUUUCAAGUAAGAAUUUAUCACGAGAAUUCGGAUCCCAUAACUGCGGAGUAAAGAGUGCGAAGGCCAUUGAUAAGUCACUGAUCAUCGCCAAGUACCUGGAAAGUGCCAGUGGAGCAUUAAAGCCCUCGAUCUUUGGAACUGCGGAAGAGGACCAAACAUCCAGAAACAAUACAAGAAGGAGUCUCGGUGGAGUGCUUGAGAUUGGACACAUAACGUAA